GCAUUGUUUUAUGAAUGACUGUUGAUUUGAAAGUGAUGGGAUGAUGAAUGAAUCAGAAUUUCUCCCUGUCCCAAAUGAGGAAAUACCUGUUCACAGCACACCUAUUAAGUCCACCAUCCCACCAUUUUCAACACGGAAAAGAGCUCAAAACAAAUUGCCUGAAGACCAGGUUGGAGAGAGAGUCCCUCCCAGAUCUCAAGACAUUCCCCCUCAAACUCUAGAAUCUGGAUAUCUGAGUCACAGAGUGGGCUCAUCAGGAUCAUCAGCAAUCAACCCAGGAGAAUACAGGAGAGCUUUAGCUAUGCCUUCUGCAGGCAGAAAUUAUAAUUCUCAAUUUAUUUCUGAGAGAGUUGCUCAUCCAAAUUCACAAUAUGUGUCCAGUAGCAAGGGAGGUGACCCUUGUGCUUCAGAAAACAAUGUUUUUUAUCAAGCAAUUCCAUCAGCAGGAUCUCCCAAAAGAGUAGAAGAACUGCGAAAUGGUGGAGCAGGAAGACAAAAGGGACAUAACUCUUCCACAUCAACAAGUGGUGGGAACUGUCAUGGUGAAAAUAGAAGGAAAACCUCCCCAGAGACUAGCAGAUAUUCUGAUGGACACAAGUGUUCAUCCACAACAGAGACUGGUAGAUAUUCUGAUGGACACAAGUAUUCAUCCACAGAAAAAGAGUGUCUGAGUCUUUCUUCCACUAAACAACAACUCUUAUCAACCUCUAAUCAAAGAAAGGAAAGUUCUCAGAGUAAAUCUUUAACUACAUCUGGUGAAAAUCAGAACACAACAGUUUACAAACAGAGAAAUGAAAUUCAGCUGUUAGUUACAGAGCUCCAGGACAGGGAUCGGGAAUUAAAUGACAUGAUGAUGGCCCACCAGCAACAACUGAUCGCAUGGGAACAGGAUCGUCAUAGAAUCUUAACGUUAGAACAGAAGCUUGCGAAGGCACAAGAUGAAGUGCAAAAUAGGACAAAACAAUUGAGGAUGGCUAUUGCAAAAUUAAAGGCUUUAAGUAAUGAAAGCACAUGUCAGAACUCCACACUGGAAACAACUCAGGAACAGCUGACAAAACUCUGUCAGGAAAAUGAUUAUCAAAACAUACAUAUUAGGGAGCUUGAGGAAAAAUAUCAGACACAAACAGAAAAGAUGGGAGAAAUGUCUUCCACCAUUGGAAAAUUAGAAGGCAGGGAGCAAGAGUUAUGUACUGCUCUCAGGCUGAAGGAGAAAGAUAUUGUGACUGCGACAGCUCAAAUGAAGGAACUUGGGGAACGUUUGAAACAACUCGAUCUACGCAACAAGCAGUGUUUGGACCGAGAGGCGGAUGCAUUGAAACAAUCCAACCAAUGGAAGGACAGAUAUAAUGAAGUCAAACAAGAACUCGAUAAAACACAAGCUUUGCUGCAGAAGAAAGAGCUUGACCUUCAGGAGCAUAUGAUGUCUGCAUUAAACAUCCGAGAACAGCUGAGCCUGGUUCAAGAUGAAUUCAGUCAAAGAGAAAAAUGUAAAGACAAUUUGAUUGAAUCCAUGAGGGCAAAGCAAUAUAGAACAGACCAACAAUUACGGCAAAUAAGAGAGUUAUAUGACAGACAACAGCGGGAGGUGGGGCUGCUACAGCUGAACUUAGACAGUACGAGAGAAACUGUCAACAAGCAACAAAGCAGUCUAGAGGAGUACAGCAACUCAAUGAAGAACUGCAGUAAUUGUAGUAAACUAUCUCCAGACUCCAGAAUUUCUCCAGAGAAAGACAUUUCGGAGUUUUCUGAGACAUCAAAGAGAUCAUCUUAUUCCAAAAACAUUUAUAGUGCACAAGGCAAGACUGAUAGUGAAAGACAGACAUCAUUAUCAACAGACCUAUAUUCUAACAGUGUAAGAGAAAGGACCACAGGUGAUGGAGUCAGCUUUGUGAACAGAAGUACAGAGUGGAAAUCUCAAAAGUGUAGUUAUGGUGACUGGCCAGAAGAUGACAAAGGACCUAAUCUGAUUGACUUUUCCUUGGAUGUGAAGCAAGAGGAAAUUGAUCAAAACCCAAAGCCUCUGUCUCCAGUAAUAUGGAAGAAUUCAUUCUCAGUUCAGCAAAAUAUGUCGGCAACCAACACAAAGCAGAAGUCCUCAGUGUUAAAUUCAUUAGAUUCAGAUCUGUUAAAUCGUUCUAUUUCACCAGUGCCUCAUGCUCAGCGUUCACGAUCUCUGAGUCCCAAACCUAUCAAUAGACUCUCUCAAUCUACACCAGAGAAUUAUAAAUGUACAGAUACUGUACAGGGGACUACUAUAUCUCCCCCCAAUAGGAGGGGUGUUAUACAUCAGAGUUUUCCAGAUGGCAUUUCCUCAAGCUCUCAGCCUACAGGAAGUGCUUUUACAUCAGUUAGUGAACCUAAGGCAACCUUUGAGGAUCAAUUGUCUGUGUUUUUGGACGAUGAAGGUGAUAAAAAUCCUCUAGUGACUUGGGAGAAAGCCUCUGGGGAGAAAGAGAAUUCACCACUAUUAAUGUUAAAUAGGCUGUUAAUUGAUUCUAAGAAAAUGGCAGAGAAUUUAGAUUCAUCUAAAGGUCCUACCAGCUAGGAACUUGAGGCAGGGUUUUGAGAAGGAGGAAACAAGAGAUGAUCUGAAAAUCCAGGAUGUUAACUCCCCAAAAUAAUAAACAUGGCUCCACACAUACUGCACGGGAUUCUGAUCAAUUUUAACCAUCAAAGGAAUAAUUGUUAUGUAAUUGAUCUUUUAUGGCUUGCAGAGAUACAAUUUUAAUGAUCCAUAUACCAUUUUAAUGAGUUAAAAUAUCCUUUUAAUUGAACAGUACUUUUGUCUAUUUACAAUAAUUCUUCCUGUUUAUUUGUGACUUUAAGUUCUCACAUAGUAAAUUACAUGGCAUUUUUAAAAGUGUAUUUUUAAAAUUUAUACCUCUCUCCCACAAAUGCACCUAUAUCAAGAUAUGUAAUUUUUAAUUUUUUUUUAAUCUAUAAGGCACCUACCGAGUGUGGUUAAGGAGUUUUACUUCAUUAUUUAGUUUAAUAAAUAAUACAUACAUGUACAUACUAGUUACAGUCAGUAUUAUUGAUGCUAAUGGAAAAAAAUAUAAUACUAUAGGGUAUGUAGACAAAUGGUAUCAUCUGUUCUUUAAGGUAUUUAUAUUUAUUACGGAUGUAUAUGAAGUGUUUUGACCACCUUAUUCAAAGAAAGUGGUCCAUUUUGCACUUUCCACUUCAUAGGUUUUUGUAAACAAAUAAAUUUAGAGUAUGUGUAUAAAUUAAAAAAAUGUUUUCAUAAGUGCCCACUAAUUGAAAGUGUAAUUAAGUGCUUCUAGACAGUACUUUCUGAUUUUAGAUACUUACUAAAUUAACUGCAAGUCUUACAAGAUUUUUUUUUUAUAAAAAUGUGAGUCUUAACAUCCCUUUCCUUACAAUUGGUUAAUAUAAUGAUUCAGUGAAGAUGCCAUGUCUUACAGAACAAACAAGAGUAUUAAUCACUCUGGUGUAUAAUUUUAUCACAU